UGCGCGCGUUGAUCUUAUGCUCUUCCUCGUGAAUUUUAAUUUAAAUAAUCAAAAUCACACUAAAAAAUGUGUACUUCCUCAUACAUUUAAUAUUAGCACAACGUAUUAACGUCGACAGUCGUUUUGUAUCUUUUGUGUUCAAUAGUCCGCACUUUAUAAAUCAAAUAACUAAACAUGGGUGUACCAGCUGGUGAUGUUGAAAAGGGCAAGAAACUCUUCGUCCAACGUUGCGCUCAAUGCCACACUGUUGAAGCUGGCGGCAAACACAAGGUUGGCCCCAACUUGCACGGUUUGUUCGGUCGCAAGACUGGUCAAGCUGCCGGUUUCGCUUACACAGAUGCCAACAAAGCCAAGGGCAUCACCUGGAACGAGGAUACCCUCUUCGAAUACUUGGAAAACCCCAAGAAAUACAUCCCUGGCACAAAAAUGAUCUUCGCCGGUUUGAAGAAACCCAAUGAACGUGGUGAUCUCAUUGCCUACUUGAAAUCUGCCACCAAGUAAAUUUCAUCAUUCUAAAAACUCCCACAAACAACAAAAACAAAAAACAGUAAUUAAAUUUAGUAGCAACAACACACUACCAAACCACCACCACCAAUCAAUUUAAUAAACAACAACAAACACUAUCAUCCUCUUAUUUAAGUUUAAGUUCGAAAAUAAAAACAAAUACAAUAACUAAACUGACCUCUGUGUAUCUUCUCGAGAUGUUCAAAGCAUGAACUAGUUACUGGAAUCAAAGGAAACAAACGUUGUUGGACCUUUGAAUCGUCUUUGUAAGAAGUUUUUGUUUUUUGAGUGCUAAAAUUAUAUUAUAUACUAUAUCCAUACAAACAUAUUAUAUUUACUUGAAAACUUCUUGCGGGCAGAUUCAUUGUCGUCGUCAAAAUAUAUUUUAAAAAAAGGAUACAACAAACAAUGUCAGUUAACUUAAACCAACAUUCUUCAUAGGACAAUUUUAAUUUUAUUUAAAUUAAAUUUAAUGUGAAAAAAUACAAAUAAAAAACAAACAAUUAUAAGUUAAUUUAAUAAAAAAAAAACAAAACAUAAAAAAGUAACUAAAAAAAACAUCUAAAAAUAA